AUGAGUGGGAUUGGCGAAUCACGUACAGAACUGAUAAACUGGCUCAAUGGUUUGUUACAUUUGAAUUACAAGAAAAUUGAAGAAUGUGGCUCUGGAGCAGCUUACUGCCAGAUUAUGGACUCAAUUUAUGGAGAUAUACCAAUGCACAGAGUUAAGUUUGAUGGUACGGCCGAAUACGAGUUUCAAACCAACUUUAAGGUUUUACAAGGUAGUUUCGCGAAGCACCACAUCGAAAAGACUGUCUACGUGGAGAAACUGAUAAGAUGUAGAUUUCAAGACAAUCUUGAGUUCUUGCAAUGGCUGAAAAAAUACUGGGUGCAGAAUAAGGAUGAAUCUUUUUAUGAUCCUGAAGCGCGAAGAAAACAUAGACCAAUCAAUAGUGGGCACCCCACGCCUGGUGGUACAUCGAUAAAUAUUAGUAAAAGGAGCACAUCAGGAUCUUCUAUUGGAUUUGGCUCUAACGGCACAGCUAGUAAUUCAUUAGGCUCGCGAUCUUCAUCCUACGGAUUAAGUAGAAGGGUGCCCAGUGACCAACUUGUGAAGUUACAGGACGAUCUCUCUCAAGCCACUUUAAGAAUUACUUCGCUGAAUAAAGAGAUUGGCACUUAUAAGGAAGCAAUGAAUAUAAUGGAAAGAGAGCGUGAUUUUUACUUUGGAAAGCUGAGAGACAUUGAAAUUUUGGUCCAGAGUACGCAAGAUUUAAUUAAAGAAGGUAUUUAUAAUGCUGGUGGUGGCGAUUUGAGUAAAGUUCUAAAUAAAGUGCAGCAAAUUCUCUAUGCAACAGAGGACGGCUUUGAAGUAAAUCAAGAAGAUGGGCAGAUGCUCGAUCAAGAGACUGCAGUACAAGACGAUAAUCAACGAUCUGUCAGGGCUUUUAGGAGAGAAACUGCCCAGGAUGUUCCUGCACACAAUCUAAUAACAGAUGAAGAAACUUUUUGA